UCCCCUUCCUGUCUUUAUCUAUAUAAACCCCACCAUUGCCAAGCAUCUUCACCCAACAAAUUUACUUCCCAAAAGAAAAAAGAAAAAAAAUCCAUGGGUUCAUUUCCUCAUAUUGUGGAAGAUUGCAUGGGAGUCCUCCAAGUGUUGAGCGACGGCACCGUUUUCCGGUCCAAAAACAUACAAUUCAACAUGCCUGUAAUCGACCAUGAGGAUUCGGUGGAUUUCAAAGAUGUCAUGUUUGACAAAAACCAUAACCUCCAUCUUCGAAUUUACAAGCCCCAAUCAGCAUCUAAUUUUCACAAGCUCCCCGUCAUCGUUUUCAUUCAUGGCGGUGGUUUUUGUCUAGGCUCUCGCACGUGGCCUACCUGCCACAAUUCGUGCCUACGCCUAGCAUCGGGGCUCAACGCGGUCGUCAUUGCACCGGACUACAGGUUAGCCCCGGAGCAUAGACUGCCGGCGGCAAUGGAUGAUGCAGCCAGUGCCAUGAAGUGGCUGCAAAGUCAAGCUUUGAGUGGAAACGGUAGUAGCGAUGCAUGGUUGAACAGUGAAGAGGUUGGCUUUGACCAGGUUUUUGUCUUGGGUGAUUCAUCAGGCGGGAAUAUUGCACACCAUUUGGCAGUUAGGUUCGGUGCUGGUUCGAGCGAGCUGGCGCCAGUUCGAGUACGAGGUUACGUGCUAUGGGCACCAUUUUUUGGUGGGAUGGUGAGGACCAAGUCAGAAUCGGGGCCUAGCGAGGCUUUGAUGAAUCUUGAGAUACUUGACAGGUUUUGGAGGCUGUCGAUGCCGAUUGGAGAGACGAGAGACCACCCUUUAGCGAAUCCAUUUGGGCCGAUGAGCCCUAGGCUUGAAGCAGUGGAGCUUGAUCCCAUCUUGGUCGUGGUGGGUGGCAACGAGUUGUUGAAAGACAGGGCUGAGGAUUACGCCGCCAGAUUAAAUGAGAUGGGAAAGAAGAUUCAGUACGUGGAGUUCCAUGGACAAGAACAUGGUUAUUUCAAUUACGAUCCAUAUUCUGAUGCUGCUAAUCAAACACUGCAACUUCUCAAAUCAUUUAUGUAUGACAACUCUGCUUGAUUUUUUGGAAAGGCGAACACUUAACUUAUCAAAUCAUUUAUGUAUGACAAAUCAUAUUCGCAAUAAUAUGUACGUAAAGUGUUUGAAGCUUUGAGAGAAAUAUCAUCUCAUUCGGCUGUAGCACCUUCCUGAUAACCAAAGUGACCAGCAGGCUGAAGAACAGGAGAUCAACCACCAUGAAUUGCGAAUUCCAU